GGCAAUCUAGUCAGUCUUUGCACGCUUGUUUUGUUUUUCUUGUUGGAUUGUUGAUAACUUUUCAAUGAAAUUUCAUAAAAUCCAACUUACAACAACAUAACAAUGGUUAAAAGUCAGGCCAACCUUUCGUUGGGACGAUCGUUGAUCAAAAGUCAACGUAAUCAAUCGACAUCUGGCCCUCUGAGUGAGCGUCACAGCCAUGAUGAACUGAUCGUCGAAAAAAGCGUCACCGAAAACACUUCUUUGGACGACUUUCUGGCUCAAACCCGAUUGGCCAACAAGCAAUUCACUGCCGAACAGGAAACAAACAUCCGAAUCGUGGACACUAAUGACGGUAGAACGGCUGCAUCAUCUGAUGAAGAUUUCCGUGACCAGUUGCUCAUUCCGAGACGCCCGCAACUAGACCAAGUCGAUUCACCGCAACGAUUAAAAGAGUUGGAGAAUGAGAAUUACCUGAAAUGGCGUCGUCAUCUGGCUCACAUUCAGGAGACAACCGAUGUUGUGCUCACACCGUUUGAAAAGAAUCUGGAAUUCUGGCGUCAACUGUGGCGUGUGAUCGAACGAAGUGACGUACUUGUUCAGAUACUGGAUGCUCGCAACCCACUGCUGUUCUAUUCUGCUGACCUAGACAAGUACAUUGGCGAGGUGGAUCCCGACAAACGCAGUCUGAUCCUGCUGAACAAGGCCGAUUAUCUGAACCGUGAACAGCGUCAGCACUGGUUAGAUCAUUUCGAUUCAAUGGACAUCCAGUGUCUGUUUUUCUCGGCUCUCGAACAACAACAACAACAGGAACAACCCGAUUCGAAUGAAAAACAAGAUAUCUCCUCUGUCCAAAUGGACCAAUUGCAAUUGAAAGAUCGUGAUCGAACAUUGUCGUUGGACUAUCGACAGCUCAUUUCGUUGUUGAAAUCGUAUCGAACGGAUAAACGCCCCUUGACCGUCGGCCUGGUUGGCUUUCCAAACGUCGGCAAAUCGAGCACCAUAAAUGCGCUGAUUAUGAAAGCGAAAAAAGUAUCCGUAUCGGCAACUCCCGGCAAGACAAAACACUUUCAAACAAUCAUUAUCGACGACCAACUCACAAUCUGUGAUUGUCCAGGACUUGUUUUGCCGAAUCUUGUGUCGAACAAAGCCGAACUGAUCAUCAACGGCAUUCUGCCAAUCGAUCAGAUCAAAAACGUGUUUUUGGCCAUCGAAGCCAUCACCAGCAAAGUUCCAGCAGCUGUCUUUGAGUCCAUUUAUGCGAUGAUUCUGUUGAAAAAAACCAACACCACUGAAAACAGUGAGGAUUCUGUUGACGAGCACGUUUCAUCAUUGGAGCUACUCACGGUGUAUGGUUAUAGCCGUGGUUUCAUGACACAACGUGGUCUACCCGACACAUCGAAAGCGGCAAAAUACAUUCUCAAAGAUUUCGUCCAAGGACGAAUCCUGUAUUGCUAUGCACCACCCAACGUGGACCAAAAGCAAUAUCAUCGGUUUGCAGUACCAGAUCGAAUCGUGAAUCGUGGACGACAACAGAUUGCAGACCGGAAAUUGCAACGAGUUUACGAAGGCAAUAAUCUACUCACUAGACAAGAUUUCGAUCAGGAGUUCUUUAGCCACACUAGUACGUCGGGAGUUCACGUCAAAGACAGUAAGCACAGCAAUGCACCGGAUAACCAACCAGCCAAACCAUGGAAAAAUCAUCAACACAAACGCAAUCGGAAGCAAAAGCUACGACGUGUGUAUAGCCAUCUGGAUAACUGAUGAAUGUAAAAAGUGCUUUUUGUCUUUGUCUGUUCUUUCUUUAUUUUAUCACACCAUGUCUCAGUGUACAAUGUACAAUAAAAAAUAUACCCCAUA